AAAAGAAGUUUCUUAAUUGGUUCGAGGAUCUGUAAUGUUUCUAUUAAAUAUUUUAACUCGUAAAUAAAAUAUUUAAGUCGAUUUCUUAUAAUGGCGAUGCUGGCAGAGGUGAAAUCUAAACAAAAAUGGAGUGACGAUCCUCGAAAUACCAAGUGGAGCAGGGAUAAAAAACGCUAUGGCUACCAAAUGCUAGAGAAGAUGGGAUGGUCAAAGGGAAAAGGGCUUGGAAAGGACAAGGCGGGCACCACAUUUCAUGUAAAGGUCAAGAAACGGAAAACUAACUUGGGUCUUGGAGCUAAAGAAAGCCAUGACAAUGACUGGAUGGCACAGCAAGUUGAUUUCAAUAAUUUGUUGUCUGCUUUACAGCAACACGGUGGCAACACAGAAUUGCGAACUGUGGAAGAAAAUCGAAAAGCCAUGUCUGAAGUAGCAAAAGCGUCAAAGAAACGUGUUUUUUACAAAAGGUUCAUUCGAAGCAAGGAUACUUCACAAUAUUCACAAAAUGAUAUGGCCUGUAUCUUAGGGUCUGUACAAGAUAGCGCACUCUCUGUUGCUCUCACCACAUGUGAAAAAGAAGAAGGCCACAUGCCAGAGAGGAACCCUUCCAUUUCCAACACUAAUCUCGAAUCAGAUUCUGGCAUUGUUACUUACACCAGUAAGCAAAACAUUCAGGAGUAUUUUGCUCAGCGUAUGAGGAAUUUAAAGGCUGCUAAUAUGGCUGUCGAAGAAGAGCUCAAUGACAAUGCGGGAACAUCGGUUGAACACAACGAGAUUGAUAAGGUUUGUCGUGAAAAAAAACUUGAGGAAUCUGUGGAAGACGUUUUGCCCAAAAUGACAAAGAAGCGAAAGAAGAAGAAGGAAAAAGACUUAAUGAAGAAUCAUGAAAUCUCUGAUGAGCAAAUCAUAAAUGGCAAUGAUGACUCUACUCAGAAAAAGUCAGUCAAAAAGCACAAGAAGAAAAAAGCCAGGCGCGAAGGAGAAAUCGAUCAAAAUGAACGUAUGAUCUCGUUAGUGAAUGAAUCGAAAGGGAAAGUGUUCCCAUGCAAUGGAAGCAAUCUUUUAGGAGCGAAUUCAGAGAGAAACAAAAGCGAAGGUACUUUUCACUCAAAAGUUACUCAUGCUAACAUUGAUGUCGAGGAUAAAGGUCAACGUAAGAAAAGGAAAAGGUUGAAAAAUAUGAAAGGAGAAUGAACAUUUCUUAGCAAUUUCUCGUACUUGUUUUCAUUACAAAGCUACCAGUGCUCGUAUGUUAAGCAUUUUGCCCGCUCUGAGAUUGUUGUAAACAGCAAUGUUGACAAAAAUUAACACCACCUCCGCAAGACUUGAUUUUGGUGUGAGGGCGUUGGAUAUAACCAUUGGUAAUAACAAGAAUGACGUAAGCUGUGACGUAGGGAAAAACGUUGUACAUUGAAAAUUAUAUUUUAGGCAAUGGUUAGAUUCUGUUAUAAUUCCCAGUACAUUUAACAGAAAAAUUAAACUAAGUCUAUUU